AUGAUAUCCUUAUAAACAGAUAAUAGAACACUAAACAUCAAAUAAACAAUUUUUGAACACUUUAUAUUUCCAUUCAAAUUGAAUCCCUAAAUUUUAAAUCAGAUUAAUAGCUCAUUUAUCUCCUUUGAAUAAUUUAGAGAUAUUGCACAAAAAUACUAAGUUUCAAAUAUUGAUGCUGAUAUUAUUUUUACAUUCUUUUAGUUGGCUUUAGAAAAUUAGCCAACAGUAGAACGCAAAAUUGUUGAUGUCAAAUAAUUGAGUUUAUUCUUGUCCUUAUAAAAUUUUAAUCAUGCAGGAAGACAUUCAAUUUUUGAAAACAUAAACAUAAAUGAUUUAAAAUAUUAAGAAAGAUAAAGACAACCAAUGAAUUCUUAUUCUCCAUUGAAUUCCCCUAGAGCAAAAACAAUGAGAGUUCAAACUCAAUAGAAUGACAUGUAAUAAGUAAUCUAAUUUGUAAAAUCAAAUAUUAAAGAUUGGAUGAGCUUAUUAACUAAUAAUUAAGAGACAAUAACUACUUAAGAAUUUAAUUUAUUAUCUUUGAUUUUAUAUAAUGAAUAGAAAUCUAUAAGUUAAUUAAUAUUUGAUCGAACAAAUAAAUUAGGAAAAGAAAUUGUAUCAGAAUGGACAAUUAAAAAUAUAUAAUGUUAAGAAUAUGGUAUAUAAAUAUAAUAUAUAUAGCAUCAACCAUUUGUGGAUUUACAAAAUCAGUAACAAUUAAAAAUAAUGUUGGAGAAGAUUUAAAAAUUACAUAAUGUGAUGAUUCAAUGAUUUACAUAGAUUGUUGUGUAAAUACAUUAUCUAUAUCUCAAUGUACUAAUUGUUAAAUCUUUGUUGGAUCUGUAAGAAUGAUUACUAGUAUAACUUCAUGUGAGAAGAUAACAGUUUGUGUAGCAUCUAAUUAUAUUAAAAUUAGUAAUUCAAUAGAUUCAACUAUUCAUUAUUAUGGUUCAUAUUCACCAAUUUUAUAUGGUGAUUGUAGAUCUAUUAUACUUGCUCCUAAUAAUUCAAAUACAGAGAAAACAUUAUAAAGAUUAAGAGAAGCAUAAAUACCAAUUAAUAAAUAAUGUAGAGAUAAAUAUUAGAAACCUUUAAUUAUAGGAUAGAGUAAAAUUGAUUGGUCACUAUUACCUAUUGAUGAUUUCAGUAAAUUCAUAUUACCAGAAUCACAUUUUGGAUGCAUAGAUUCACCAUUAAUUUUAGAAUGUAAUUUUGAUAUUGAUAAAAUGAAUAAAGAAAUUACAGAAAAGAAAAUUUUAACAUAAUAAAUGAAUUAUGAAAAGUAACAAAUUCUAUUUUAAAUAAGAGAAUCGUUCUUCCACUUUUGGCUCCCCCUGAAUACAUUAAGGCUGUUUAUGAUAGAUAUUAACUAUUUUCUAGCAUUUAAGCAUAGAUCAAACAAUCAAAUCUAAAAGAAGAAAAUUAGAAAUUACUUUAAAAUGCUAUUUAAGGUAAUUUCAGAGAAUGGUUAGUAUCUACAGGAUCUAUUAAAGGAAUUAGUGAUCUAGUUAAAUUAAUUGAUUAAGAAUAAUGA